CAGUAUGACCAAUUCUACUUAUCCCAAACUAAAACUUACAUACUUUGAUCUCAAAGGUCGUGCUGAACACAUUCGUCUUGCACUUCAUAUUGCUGGUAUUCCAUUUGAAGAUGAACGUAUCAGCAGAAAAGUAUUCGCAACAAUGAAGGAAUCUACUCCAUUUGGCCAAAUCCCUGUUCUUACCAUCAACGACGAUGUUCAGAUCGCACAAUCAACCAGCAUUCUCCGUUAUGUUGGCACUCUUGCUGGCCUCUACCCUUCUACCGAUGCAUUAAAGGCCGCUUUUGUUGACCAAAUUGUUCUACAUAUUGCUGACAUGACAUCUCCACUAGCUACUCUCAUGUUCGAGACUAACGAGCAUAAUCGUUCCGAAAUGUCAAAGGCACUUACAAACGAAAAGCUUCCUGCCAUGUUUGCAUCCCUCGAUCGAGUGAUUGCAAAACAUGGAAAUGGAACUUGGGCUGCUGGAGAUGCAUUAACUGUUGCAGAUCUGGCAGUGUACAUUUUUGUUGGAAUUUUCAAAACUGGAUUUUUCAAGGACAUUCCAUCUAACAUUGCUGAUGGAUUCAAGGGUGUGUAUGGAGUGUUUGAGGCUGUUGCACGUCACCCCAAGGUUGUCGAGUGGGAAGCUGCUCAUUAAGAUCGUAUUCAUGUCAAAUGGAAGCGUGCCGAGUGCAUAAUAAACAGUCUCAUG